AGAAAAUUUGGCCGACAGUAAUGUGGCUCCCCCCAUCGGACUGACGUCGCCGGCAGAAAUAGAACAUUAAUGCUGCCACUACAAUCGCCGGCUGACGCUGACGUUUUGGCGUCCAGGGCGGUGUGCUUAACUUGUAGGGGGACAAGAUCUAUUUCGGUUGUUGUGCCGCUUAUAUUUUUUUGUGUGUUUCGCGAAUCAUGUCGCCGGCGGACGUUCGCGUUUUGCUUUGUAGCCAGCUAUUCACUCAAACAGAUGCCCAUUAUAAUUCGUCUUUUAUUGCUCUUUUGAUUUGUUAUUCUUUUUGUGGUGUUGUGUUUGAUUUUCUCAUUUGUUGUUUGUGGUGUAGGCGUGUUUUUAUAUUCUUAACGUUAAGCUUUUAAAGCUGUUUUGCGUGCAUUGCACAUUAUUUUGUUGUGUGCUUUCGUAGGUUCUUAAAGUCUACGGUUUGUAUAGUUUGUUGCUUCAAAUUUCGAAAAUAUAAGGAUCGGUGAAUACAUAUAUCGCUUACAAAAGAUGUCGACAGGAAGGCCCAUUAAAUGUGUCGUCGUUGGUGAUGGAACCGUUGGCAAGACAUGCAUGUUAAUUUCAUACACCACAGAUAGUUUUCCCGGCGAAUAUGUGCCUACAGUCUUUGACAACUACUCUGCGCCCAUGACUGUGGAUACAAUACAAGUGUCGCUUGGUUUAUGGGAUACAGCGGGUCAAGAAGACUACGAUCGCCUGCGUCCGCUCUCCUAUCCACAAACCGAUGUAUUUCUCAUAUGCUUCAGCGUGGCCAGUCCAUCCUCAUUUGAAAAUGUCACAUCGAAAUGGUAUCCUGAAAUAAAGCAUCACUGCCCGGAUGCACCGAUUAUAUUAGUCGGUACCAAAAUUGAUUUGCGCGAUGAUCGCGAAACGCUCAGUCAACUAGCCGAACAGGGUUUGGCACCGUUGAAACGUGAGCAGGGUCAAAAGUUGGCGAAUAAAAUACGCGCCGUCAAAUAUAUGGAGUGUUCGGCACUUACGCAAAGAGGAUUGAAACAAGUCUUUGAAGAAGCUGUGAGAGCUGUGCUCAGGCCAGAACCACAAAAGCGUCGUCAACGAAAGUGUAUAGUUAUGUAAGAUAUACAGCUUUUGCUAUAGUGUAACAAAACAUCAGAUAUUUAACAAAAGCAAACCACUCACUUACCUUACGGCAACCAACACACAAACACAAUCAAGGCGUCAACUCGUGUCUAAGAAAUACAACUCGAAUAUUUAUUAACUAACUGAUAAAAGUUUAAAGUCGGCGAAUAUCAAAUGUGUAGGCAGCGACAACUUGAAAAAUGUGUUGUGGUUUUAUAUUUUUUUUAACUUUUUAAUUUUUUUUUACUUAAAAGUUAAUUUCUUCAAUAACUGCAAAAUUAGAAUUUUUUCGCGCUCCUUCAGAGUACAAUAUGCAUUUAUCAUAAUUUUUUUUAGUUGGCAGCUUUUACUGUAGACAAUAGUUGUUGCAGCGCAGUUGCUCCAAAUGAAAAACUGCCUUAGCAUAAGCUUGUCUACAGAUAUAUUGAAACCAAGCAGCAGCUAAUUAACGUUGUGCAGCUAGUAUUUGUUUGGAAAAUUUCGGCUGCCCAGAAGCAGCAACCAAACAAGUUUUAUUUUAAGUCUCAAAUUUAAUCAGCUGAUUACUCUUUGUUAUGAACUGCAACUGGACAAAAGAAAAUAGCUUAUCUAGUCAAUUGAGUAAUGAGUAAUGAGAAAAAUGAAAAAUAUAAAAUUAAAAAUUAAGUGAAAAGUUGAAGCUAAAUAACAGCUAAGUAUAUAAAGUUGUUGUAUAAAGAAUUAAAGAAUAUUGAACAGAUAAGAAGUUGGUUGAGCGCAUUGUGGCGCAUACCGAAUUGAGCUUAGACAAAAGUAACAAAAACAAAUUGUCACUAUGUGUUGUGACACAGCAAAUUAUAGCACCCACUUUAGUUAAUAUUCUAACUUUUAUUUUAAUAACAAUUUUUUUGUUGUAGACAUACAUAUUUACAUUUGUAGCACGAUGCACAAAUGUACACUCUAUUAGUAAACUAUUAAAAAGAAUUUAGUUUUGUUAAGCAUUAAAAAAGGAAAAUGGUUUCUUUUACUUUAAAAUUUUUGACAGCAUGGUGACAGAAAUGCGAUGUUGCCACCAAACGCCACUGCAUACAUCGUCCUCCAAGCCCUGCGCUCACACAGCUGCAGCGGUAUUUCGCUUAGUAAGCUACACUACUCAAAUAUUAAUUUCAUAUUAUUCAUAUCAAUUUCUUUUUUACGUUUUUUUAAUAUGUUUGCAAACAUAUAUUUAUGUGUGUAUAAACUAAUAUGUACGUCACAACUAAACAUUAACGACUGUUUAAUUUAAUAUUUUUUAUAACAAACGUAUUUUCAUUUGCCAUUUUAACUAUUUAUUAUGUAUGCAUAAACAUUAUGAUUUAAUUAUUGCAAAACAGUUACUAUGUAGAAUGUGAAGAUAUAAUGUAAAAAAAAGUUCGUUACCCGAAUUUUAUAAAACCGAAAAAAAGUUAAUAAACGCUAAUAAAAUAAAAUAUGUAAUCUCUCCUUUAUCUUAUGCAUUCAACAAACUCACACUCACACACUCAUGCAUUACUCCGACUUUUUAAUAUUUUACAUCUUGUAAACAAAUUUUUGCAAUUAUAACCUCAAAGAUUUUGAAAAAUGUAUUUAAAUGUUAUUUGUAAUUUUGUAUGAGUAAAAAACAAAGAUAAAGAGAAAAAUAAAUGAAUACAUAUUUACUUUAUAUAUUAUUAUUGUAAUAAUAGUAAAAGAAAAAAAUCAAAAAUAAGAAAAGUAACGGCAGUGAAGUAGAUUUAAUAAUGUAUGUAUAAACAAAAUGGAGGAGAAGAGCUACUGUGAAACGAAGCGAAUAUAUAUAUGCAAAAGAAUAAAGUAAAAUGAACAAAA